AUGAUGAUCGGUCUAUCAUUUUUCAGCGACUGUCGCUCCUUGCCGUGUCGGAGUUAAAAAGUCGAACGAAACCAGGCGAGUCCGGCGUGUCGGCGCUAGCGAGGCCGACUUAUAAAGGCCUCCACCGCCCAACCUCGUCUUCGUCGACCUUUGCAUACAUCGGGCCACAGACAAGCCAAGCGCUAAACCCGCGGAGACUAUCGCGAACAUCUGUUGGCUUGCGCAUCUAUCAAAUUCCUAUCACUGCCGACAUUCUCAGACUAUCAGGCUGAGAAGCAGAUAGUCUGACUGGUCGCAGUGCACAGCACUAACGAAUCCCUCAGCCACCCCUCACGAUCAUCUCGCGCUUGCCGCUUCGGUCGAUCUGAACACCUCUUAAAGCCGCCGCCGCCGCCGCCGUCAUGGUCUGGGACGGCAUUGCUCGCAAUCACAGCGAGCAGUACUUGCACAACCUACACAGAUCUCGCUCCCGAGCGUCCUCUACAUCGUCCGGCUAUCAGGGCUCCCCCAUCGCGCUCACCGGCUCAAACACAUCUGCACAAUCUGCCACAGGCAGACCCACCCUCACGCGGCCGCUGUCUACCGCUCCACGUCGAGGCUCGGCAAUUCCAGAGCAUCAUGAAGGCGAACAAGCGGGCGAGAAAACCCAGCCACCCUCGUCGUCAGAUGACGAGACCGCAGCCGGCGACGAUCUAGAGGCCAACAAGGACCAUGAGCGCAGGUUGCAGCUCGAGAAGGAAGGCAUGGAGCCAGAGGAAGCAGAAGCGCGCGUCAAGCAAGAGGAUGCCUUACAAGAUGAUCCCCAUCUCGUCACUUUCAUUGGUCGCGAGCAUAUGGAUCCCCAUACGUGGAAUACUAAGUACCGAUGGUUCCUUACCGCUUUUGCCGGUAUCCUGGUUCUCAAUGCGACCUUCGCGUCCUCUGCACCAUCUAAUCUGCUUCCCUCGAUCGACGCUUAUUAUGGCGUGUCAGAAGAAGUAGGCGCCUUGCUCAUCGCCAUCUUCGUCUUGGCGUACUGCGUCGGCCCCUUGGUGUUUGGACCGAUGUCAGAAAUAUACGGGAGAAAGCCGACCUUGAUUGCCUCCUUCAUCCCCUAUACGGCCUGGCAAGUCGGCAACGCACUCGCGCCCAACAUUGGUUCCGCAAUAGUCUUCCGUUUCCUCGGCGGUUGCUUCGCAUCCAGUCCUCUGACAGUCAGCGGAGGGAUCAUCGCGGAUCUAUGGGGUCCGAACGAGCGAGGUGUCGCGCUCGCCAUUUUCUCCCUCGCGCCCUUUGCCGGCCCGGCCAUCGCUCCCAUUGUUUCUGGCUUCAUGGAGGUCACAGGAACGAGCUGGCGCUGGAUAUAUUGGGUUCUGACAAUCUUUGCCGGCGUUUGUCUCGUCGGUAUCGUCGUUCUACUACCAGAGACGUUUAUCCCAAUCAUUCUCAAGCGAGAAGCAGUAAAAGUCCGCAAGGAGACUGGCGACGAGCGAUACCACGCUUCCAUGGAACGUCACGAGCCUGAAUCGAUGGGCCAGAAGCUGAAGCACACACUGCUCAAGCCGCUGAUCAUGCUAUAUGAGGAGCCCAUGCUUCUCGCUAUCACCUUGCUGAUGAGCUACGUCUACAUGAUAAUCUAUAUCCAGUUUGAAAGCAUUCCAAUCAUCAUGGGCGAGAAUCACGGCCUCACUGCGGGCUUGAUCGGCCUUACUUUCCUGCCGAUUCCUCUGGGCGGUCUUGCAGCUGUGCUCAUCUACGUGUUCUAUUUCAACCGGAGAUACAUUGCCAAAGCAACGGCGCUCGGCGACAAGCCAGUGCCACCGGAGGAACGAUUGCUCAUUAUGAUGGCUGCCGGACCGAUGCUGGCCGUCUCCUUCUUCUGGAUCGGUUUCACCUCAUAUCCUUCCAUCUCAAUCUGGUCACCUAUCUUCGGAACUGCAUUACUCGGCGCUGGUGUGCUUUGGGUCUUCCUUGCAGGCUUCACCUAUCUCAUCGAUUCAUACCUUGCUAAUGCUGCCUCCGCACUGGCGGCCAACACGGUAAUGCGUUCAGCUUUUGGCGCGGCAGCACCCCUGUUCGCCACUCAGAUGUAUAACAAGCUCGGCAUACCCGGCGCAAGCAGUCUGCUCGGAGGCCUGGCGAUCCUCUUCAUUCCUCUGCCCUUCGUACUGUUCAAGUACGGCCGCGCAAUCCGCGCGCGCUCAAAGAAUGCCGUCGUCCGCGAGGGCGAAUAAUUGUAUCAUGCUUUCACGAGCACUGCUGUGAAUAGUGGUCUCGAGGCCAGGCCUGUUGCGAGUGAUCUUGUGUGUGG